UACCGACGAUCGAGUUAAUAAAAAAGCAAGAUUACAUCAUGUAUCCGAACGAUCUUAACCUUUUCAACGAAACCUUUAUCGAUCCUUUAUUACCAAAAAUCAAUGGAUUUUAUUCAUAUGUAUGUUUAUCGAACUAUGCGAAUCGAAUUCUCUUGACGAUCCUAUCGCGAAUUGGAUUUGUCCUUUUGCAAAUCGGCGCUGUGCCAAAGGGCAACCUGAAUUUUAUCCUUUUUAAAAAUAUCCUAGAUAUCUGCUCUACCACAGUAGCUUAUUUUACGAUCGGUUUUCUUUUGAUCUUCGAUGGUGACGCGUACAGCUUUAUCUACGGCGAUCAUUAUCCUUACGAGGAUUCUACGAUAAAGAAGGAAGGAUUCCUGAUCGGUUGGCAAGUCGUAAUGAUCGCGUCGGCUAUUUGUACAACUAGCAUGAUCGAAAAUAGUCACCUUAUAUCUCAUUUCCUGGUAAACGUACUUUUGGCUGGCAUAGUUCAGCCACUCUUAAUACGUUGGACUUGGAUGCCAGAAGGAUGGAUAUCAAAAGGUAGAUUGAAUGACGUCAAUGUCGUUUAUCGCGAUCACGCUGGAUCAGGAAUCGUACACGUUGUCGGAGGACUGUCUGGUUUAAUAGCUCAUUUGAUAUUAUCGAAAAAAAGGAGAACUCUAAAGGCUAACAAUAUCGAUCGAAUGAAUUAUUUUAGUUCGUUUCUUUCGGUUAUCAAUUAUUUGGGAUUAUUCUUGAUCUUCGUCGGCCUGCUGAGUUUUUCUUCGUCACCGAGGGAAGAUAAUAUAUCAAAGACGAUAAACAUCAUUAGUAAUAAUUUAUUAGCAGCAUGUUCUUGUUCAUUCUUUGUCAUAAUCAUACAUAUCACAUUUCAACGAUCUAUCGAUCAUUUGACGACUAUAAGAUGUGCCCAAGGUUUAGUUGCCGGGCCGAUUAUGAUCUCGGCCGCCUCGAACGAAUAUUCUUCUUUGAUGUCCAUUGGAUUAGGUUGUUCAGGAGGAACUAUUAUUUACCUAACAUCUAGAUUUAUCUUUCAUAACGAUUUGGAAAAUCAUUGCAAUGUCAUAGCAACUCAUUUGGUUUGCGGAUUAGUGGCAACCGUCUUGGCACCAGUCUGUAUAUUAGAUAAAGAUUCAAAUAUACGGACUGUCUUAUUAAAUUUUUCCUGGCAAUUAAUUUCUUUAAUUGCUUUGUUGGUAUUAGUGACCAUCGCUUUAACACCAUUAUUUCUAAUUUUAAACGCUUGCGGUCUUGCCAAACACAAUUCGGAAAUUUUCAAAAUAAACGAAUCUGCUACUACGAUUACUCUUGAAAUGAAAAAAGAUUUAUCCGAUAGAAAUAUUGGGUAUAAUAAAAACGAAGAAUCUAUAACAAAUAACGAAAAUGUAUUUUCCUUGGAAUUUUCUGGCGAAAAUAGACAACCCAGAAAUGAAUUAUUACGAUUGGAGGAGGGUCAAUUUAUAAAAGAAAAUUAUUUGAACGGCAAGCUGUCCGUUGUGAAAAACGAAAAAUUGUCUGACCCUUUGCAAUCAUCAGGUCUGCAUCGUCGAGAGGAAGAAUACACAAAUUAAGACAUAUAUAUACACUUCCGGGAUACGGUUUGACGUCUUCACAAAAUCAAUUUACUGUUGGCGACAGGAUCGAUAUGGAUCAUUUCAAUAAUAGAAAAUAUUUUUCCGAAACGAAUUUGCAAAAUUCUAAAGACAAUUUUUAUAUCUAUGAAGAAAUUCAAAGGGAACGGUAUUUAAAUUGUCACGUUGACAUUAAGGAGAACAAUGAUAAUGAUAAUGAUAAUGACAAUGAUAAUGGUAAUGAUAAUGAUAUUAAUAUCAAUGAUAAUUAUCAAUUACGGAGAACUCAAAAAUUCAUGAACUUGCGCGAGGAGUUGGAUAAACAAAUGGAAUACAACGAGUCUCUACAGAGAAAAGAAUUUCUUAUGGACCUGAUCGUAUAAUAUGUAAUUUAUGAAAUGUGAAAGAAAAUAAAUGAAUAUGUUCUUCCGACAUUUUAUGGUAUAUUGUCGAAUUAAAAC